UCAUCUUUCGAGUUGUGUGUCGUUGCAGAAGUAGAGGUUAAAAGCCGAAAUUGUGAACAUAAAUAUUCAUAAUGAAUAAUACUGAACUGAUUGCGGUUUAUAGUAGUUUAUUAUUAGCUUGGGUACACAUUGAGAGAAUACGAAUAAUUUUAAAGAAAAAACGUAAGAGCUCUCGAAGAUGGUGGGUAAAACCUCAUCUUACCGUGGAAAUGAGAAACAAUUUUGGAGCUCAUGAGAAAUUAUUUGCAUAUUUCAAAACAAGUGAUCAUGAAGAGUUAUUCAAAUUUACAAGAAUGUCUGUUGAACAAUUUGACAUGUUGCAUAGUUUAUUGAAACCGAAACUUGAAAAGAGGAGUCAUAGGACUCCUUUGCCAACAGAACUCCGUCUCGCUCUUACAUUGAGUUAUCUUGCUCAUGGAGAUAGUGCUGCAACAACAGCAUGGCAUUUUCGUGUAGGAAAAUCAACUGUGUAUAGUAUCAUUCCUGAAGUAUGUAAGGCAAUAUGGGAUGUUUUACAACCACUGUAUUUGAGAGUCCCAAAUGAAGAAAAUGAGUGGUUGGAAAUAGCAAACGAGUUUAAUUCUCUUUGGAAUUUUCCAAAUUGCAUAGGGGCUAUUGACGGCAAACACAUACGAAUUAAUGCUCCUCCAAUGUCUGGUAGCGCUUUUCAUAAUUAUAAAGGCAGCUUCAGCUUUGCAUUAAUGGCUAUUUGUGAUGCUCAAUACCGUUUUACAUGGUUGGAUAUUGGCGAUUAUGGGACGUACCCAACCCUUUACAUCAAAAUGUUCUCAAUUCUUCUUAUGGUCCUCGUCCUCGUCCGUGUCCAUUAAUAGUUUCUCCUCCAUUUUCUUCGCAAUCUCUUCGUCCGUAGUCCUUUUUAGUUUCCCGCCUUCC